CUGUCCUGUCCUGCCCGGAGCCCAAGGAAUUGGAACGUGGGUACCCAGCAAGCCACCACCACCACCACAGCAUACUUUGCAAGACUGCAAGCCUGUGGCAUCGCCCAGCCCCCUUGGUAGCAAUACUGUAUGAACUCUCGCCCCGUUUCAACGACCCGCUGCUGGCUGGUUUCGUGCUCCUCCCUCCUUAUCCUUUUCCCUCUCUACCUACCUACCUAAAUUACCUCCCCUACCUACCUGCCAAUUAUACCUAAGGUACCUACUUCCAAGUUGACCUGAGUCAGGCAGAUAACGUGACCUGGGACAACAAGAAGAAAAAUUAUGGAUACGCCUGCGCCUGCAUCUGCAUCGUUUGUCAGUCGGGCUAGCAUCCAGACCGCCGUGCAGAGUUCACGCUCCUCGUCCUCUUCCAUUGGGAAGCACAAGCGUCUGCGAGCUGCCAGAGCUUGUGAUCGGUGUAGGACGAAGAAGUAUCGCUGCGAUGAGUCGACGCCGUGCUGUCACUGUAGAAGUAUGAGCUACCUGUUACCUGCUACCUAUCUCAGAGUGCUGUCAAGAAAUAUGUGACUUAUUGAUGUGUGUGUAGAACAUGCCUUGAAUUGUACCUACUCCGGUGGCCAGAUCGUCAGGAUAGACGGCCAGCCCGGGGAUGCGAGGUUGGUCCUUCGUUGUCCUGUCUAGAGUAGACAGAGACACUUUGUCCUUUCCGUUGUAAGGUAACUAAUACAGCUGUCUAGCUAUCUCCGUAGCCUCCAAAGACUGGUCGACGAGUUGACGUCUCGAAUACAUCCUUCUAAUGGCGAUACAACAAUCGCCAGGUUGGGCGACGGCCAUUUUGGCCUGGACACCCUCACGCCCGCCACAUCCCCAGAGAUUUUACACCCAUCACCCAGAUCACCAAGCGCCCAUCCUGAAGGUCCGCUCAGUGCUUCAACUACAGCCACUGCCGGUGCAUAUGUAGUUGUCGAAGGCGAAGGCAGCGAAAUCAACAACUACACCCAAGGCAUCGAAUUCCACGGCAGCACAUCCUCCAUGGCCUUCCUACGCUGUCUCCACCGCCGGUCUCAACGCCAACCCACUCUUGAAGCUCUCCAAGACCCUUCUACAGCCAGUAUCAACGAUCCCAAAGGCAGCAACGGCACCUCAUUCAUCUCCGCACUCCACAACCCGGGCUUCUCCAGCCAAAGUCCCGUCUCUCCAGAAGACACCGCACCACGAGACCGACCGCUCCUGUCACGGCACACGCAUAUUUUCAUCCAGGGGUACUUCGAGAGCCUGCACGUCGUCACGCCCGUGAUUGAUAAAGAGGAUUUCUACAUGCGCGCGCAGAGCCUCUGGCGAGAUGGGGACAGUAGUGUGGAAGAGGACUCGAGUUUCAUGGCGCUGUAUUUUGCGGUGCAGGCGCUGGGGGCGCUGGUGCGUGUUUGGGAUGAGGAUCUGCUGGAUGGGAUGGGGAGGUUUGAGUGGAGUCGGAAACUGUUUGGGGAGGCGCAGAGGUAUUUGAAUGUGCGGCAGUUUUCGAAUGAUUUGGAUACGGUGCGGUGUUUGUUGUUGAUGGCCAAGAUAUGCCAGAAUGAGCUGUCGCCACACAUGGCAUAUAUGUACAUGGGGCAAGCUAUCCGGACUUGUCUAGCCGCAGGUUACAAUCGUGAAUCGCCAGGACAAUCUGAGAAGCAAGCAGGAUUUAUAUCUAGGACAUGGUGGGGUCUCUUUGCUAUGGACAUUGAAAUGAGCCUUUCUCUCGGACGGCCAGACACACUCGGUCUGGAUGCAUAUCACAACAGACGCUUGCCACCAAGAGACUCAUCAGAAGUUGCAAUCAUCCCAUGUAUGGUCGAAUUCGGCAGAAUCAUGCGCAGAGUAGCUGUAGAGGUGUACCACUCCCCUCAGCCUCUGCAGCGCAAAUACGAAGAUGCCACUAGAAUCGAGCAAGACAUGAAUCAAUGGGUGUGUACACUACCUGAUAACAUCCGACCGGAUCUAUCAAGGACAGAAGCUUUUGUAGGGGGCUUGAAGGAGCCAAAUUGGUCAAGACGGCAGAGACUUGUUCUUGCUAUUCGCUACCAUAACGUCAGGAUGCUUCUAUUUCGGCCGUUCCUGGUUCAUUCAGGGAACGCUGGGUCCAAGACUCCGAUUGAAGCCAGAGAUGGGAUCCUGAAAUGUAUCGACUCGGCACAAGCGACGAUCCAAACCAUCCACAACGUAUUCAUGGUACAGACAUUCUUCCGCUCCUGGUGGUGGAACACAACCUACAUCAUGUUCGCCGCAACACUUCUCCUCCUCCUCGCCAACACAACAGCCGCAUCGCCCCAACGAGACGCCCUCCUCAGCUCCGUCGAAAUGGCAGUGAACCUCCUCGAGGCCAUGGACGAAUCGGUCGUAGCAAGACGAUCAGCUGAGAUUAUCGCGAGCCAUUUGAGACUUGUUCGUGAGGCGGUUGCUGAUGCGUUGGUUUCGGCUCCGGCUAUCAAUACUAGCAAUAAUAAUAACAAUCUGGCCAAUGCGCCGCUUCCUGCUCAGGGAUUUCUACCUGAUUACGACCUUUCGUUUUUCGAUGGGAUGAAUAAUCUGUUUGAGGAUUUGGAAGGGUGGUCUAGUGAAUUCUAUGCUUGUCAAGGGUAGUAGAGUGGAAAAUAGCAAAACCAGUCAAACUGUUUGUAGGAUAUGGAAUUCUCGGCCGCUUGGUCUCAAAAUCCGACACUUCGCUCAUGUCAUGUGAAAAUGAAACUCGUCUAUCGCGUUGCCAACAUAGUACUGGAUCCUGUAUCUUGGACUGGCUG